AUGGCCGACGCUGCCUCGUCUUCGGCCAGAGUAAAUGCACUCCACAAAUUCCCACCUCCAUUCGACACGUCUGAUGAGUCCUUCGAGCUCAUUGCUCAAGGUGCAGAGAGCCUCCUCUACCGCACAACUUUCUCCACAACUGGACAGCCUGCUGCGCUGAAAGUGCGACCGGAGAAGAAAUGGCGACACCCGAUCCUUGAUAAGCGGCUGACGCGUGCAAGGAUUUUGGCCGAGGCGAGAGUGCUUGUCAAGUUGUCUGGAGAGGGAAUUGCAGCAGGUGGCAGCACUCCAGGCAAGCGUGCUAAGGUCAAGCAGCCCAAGGAAGGCGAGAAGGGUGUUGCGGGACUGCGAGGUUUCGUGCCUGCCGUUCUAGCUCUAGACUGGGAGCGAGGUUGGAUGAUGACGGAGUGGGUAUAUGGGAGGACGGUCAAGCAGGCGAUUCAUGAUACUCAAGCCGGCAGGAGGGCUGUUGAGAGAGAGCAGAGACUGCAGGAUCUAAAGGAGUUGUUGAGAAGGAUCGGCGAGGUGGUGGGGAAGUUGCAUGCUAGUGGUGUUAUUCAUGGCGAUCUCACGACGAGUAACAUGAUGCUACGUCCCUACGACGCCACCACUCCGGAUCCAACUUCGACUGAUUCGCUAGACGGGGAUGUCGUCCUCAUCGACUUUGGCCUUUCCACCCAAUCUGUCUCGGACGAAGAUCGGGCAGUCGACCUGUAUGUCCUGGAGCGCGCUUUUGGCUCUACCCAUCCAAGGGAAGAGGAUCUGUUCCCGGAAGUGCUCACAGCCUAUGCAGAGAACGAAGGCAGUGGAAUGAACGGUAAGGUCGGGAAGCUUGUCCUGCGGAAAUUGGAGGAUGUUAGGAUGAGGGGAAGGAAGAAGAGUAUGGUUGGUUGA